AUGAGUCGUCGACAAGACCACCACCAGCAGCGCCACUACGGCCAGACAUACAACACAGACAGCUCUAGGAAUUGGAGUGACGAGGCUGUCAGAGGCAGCUGGGAUUCAAACUACAACUACCAGAGAACAACUUCAGCCAACACAUCACCAAGAGACCAGUCUCAGGCCUGGAGGCGACCAAGUCCCCAAGCCUACGACAGACGCCAGACCAUGGUUAACCAAUGGCUUGGCCAACAGUACAGCCAUGACUCCUCGAAUGUAGUAGAUGCUGUUUCUGAUCUUACAACUCCCACGACAUCUCCGGCCUUUAGCGACUCUCCCACGUUUCCCUCCCGAACUCAGGAAGCACCUCCAUAUCAAACACAUGCUGUCACCAAUGACUUUCUCGCACCGCCUUUGAGGACUUGUAUCCCCCACCGACCGCAUGAUAACUACUACCCCAAUGCUCCCCCAGCUUCCUCUCGAGGCUCUACAUCUUACCGCCUUGACAACAGAUCUGUAGACUAUCGACACAUGGAGCCCAGGUCAGCCGAGCAAGAUCUUCGAGGAGUUGGCUCGUUUGCCGACAAUGAUCGCUCACGCCGGGAAGUCAAGUACAAACCACUCAGUAAUUGGUUUGGCCUCUGGUUACCCCCUCAAGAAUGA